AUGCCUGCUGGUCAUGGUUUGAGAUCUCGCACCAGAGAUUCAUUCUCUCGCCCAUUCAGGAAGAAGGGUACAAUCGCUCUAGCCACCUAUCUCAGAACCUACCACAUCGGCGAUUAUGUUGAUAUUAGGGUUAACGGCGCCGUCCACAAGGGUAUGCCUCACAAGUUCUACCAUGGUCGUACCGGUCGUGUCUGGAACGUCACCAAACGCGCCAUUGGCGUUGAGGUUAACAAACAGGUAAGGAACAAGAUUCUGAGGAAGAGGAUUCAUGUGCGUGUGGAGCAUGUUAUGCCUUCUAGGUGCACUGAGGAGUUUCGUUUGAGGAAGAUCAACAAUGAUAAACUCAAAGCUGAGGCUAAAGCUAAGGGUGAGGUUAUUAGCACAAAGCGCAAACCUGAAGGACCUAAACCUGGUUUCAAGGUUGAAGGAGCCACUCUGGAAACAGUUACUCCAAUUCCUUAUGAUGUGGUCAAUGAUUUGAAGGGAGGAUACUAG